UUCCAUUUGUGCCAAGUUUUCUCCAUCUUUGAACUUUCAAAUUUAUUGGUUUCCUUAAAAUCGUUAACCUUUUGUUUGUCCCAUUUGAUUUUUAAUAUUGGCUCGCUUAAACUUGAUUGAUAAGAUUGGAUAUUGAAGUAUAAUGAUGGGUUUUCCCUAAAAUAUUGAGUCUUUUUUCUUAUAGUAAUGCUACAAUCUGCAGGUAGAUUGUGAAUGUGUGGUGAAGUUGCAUUUAUUUUUUCUAAUUUCACGAAUCGAUCAGAUUUGCAAUGGAACUUCAUGAUAUUCUGGCAAUGAUCAUUUCAGUGAUACUAAUUGCUAGGAUCAGCGAUACUGCAGUAUCAAGUGAAGUCUAUGCACCUUAUCUUGACAAAUAUGUUACAAAAUCCUACUUUUGGAAACAUGACAAUUUGGAAGACUUGAAGUUUGAAGAUUUUAUUGCACAUGACGUACUGUCCAGCGCAUGUGUAUCCCUGCAAGACAACAUCAUAUUUGCACCAAAACUAUCUGCUUUACAUCGAAAUCUGAUUGGUGAAGGCUCCCAUAGGCGUCUGUCAUCAUCUCUCAGAUUGAAGAUGUCAUCGGAGUCCGUUUCCAGGCCUCCAAAAUCUUGUGAGGUGAUAAUUGUUGAAAGACUGCCUUCUGGAGUCUUUGCAGAUCCUUUUGAGCUACAACACCUUGUGCAGCGUGGUGUUCUUAGGGAAGCUGCUGUAUUUGGAGAUACAAAUUUAGAGUUGCCCUCAUUUCGGUCAAACCGGUCACUUGUUGAGGUUCAUCUGGAAAUGGGUUCCAAUUUAAUAUCAGAACAAAAGGAUGAACAGGAAAUACACAUGGAACUUCCUCUACAUGCACGUUAUCAGCCACUAGGACACAGAUUCUCAAAAGUCGAAUUUGCUGCACCUGACUUGUUUCUGCGUUGCAACAGUAAAGGAAAACAACAUGACAUGAGCUGUUUGUUUUCGCUAGACAAACAAAGUGCUGAAUCAAAUGAUGGUCAUCCGUUGUGGGAAGUACCAUGUGGAAGUAGUCAACACAUGGAAAGUGUAUCUGCUUUUACUUUCAUCUUAGCUGUUGUAUCAGCUCUUCUCAUCAUUGUUGCCUCUAUUACGUAUUCUGGUGAAACAGCGAUUGAAACAGCCCUGAAUAAUGAUUAACUUUGGCAACCUAUUCUUUCCCCUUUCUGGACUAACCAUUGGCAAGAGAAACUCACUUGAUGUUAGGUAUCCUCCAUCAGUUAUCUAUGUUUAAAAAUGUUUUGUUGCUUUUGUCAUUACUAAUUUCUUAGAUCAACUACAUUUAUGUUAACUUUUAUAGUUACAAGUUACAACACUGAACAUUGGCAGACGGAGAAGGAGCUGGGCUCUGGAUGUUGCUCCACUAACACUUAUGUAGGUUGUAUGGAGAGAAAGAAAUAGAAAUAGAAGAGCUUUUGACGGGUAGAGAAGAAUUAUGUACAGUUGAGGAGUCUCUCUUAUCCUUAUUUCCUUUUGGUGCACCCAUGAGAUCCCUGUAGCUAUAGAAGAUUGAGUGUAGUAUGUCAAAAAUCUUAUUUUGUGUAGGUUUUCUACUUUUUUGGUAUACUUAUUGUAUAAGAGCGAUUGUUUUUGCCCAAACAUUAAUAAAUCUUA